GGGUUAUUUUAGGCAGCAGCUUUAUUCUUCUUCGAGAAGAGAUCCCAUUCAGUAGUGAGUGAGACUAGCCUAUCUAUCUCUGUCUCUGUGCAGUGCACUGCUUGUGCUAGAUCUAGGCUAUGCCAUGAACUAUGAACUGGGAAGAGAUUUAAUAAAAAAAAUAACAGCCUGGCCUAAGACUCUUAAGAGACUUUCUAAGAGAUCGUUAGUUAUUAAACUGCAUACAACUGUAUUCUAUUUGCGGGUUUAGUUUUAGUUAGCCAAGAGUCGAAGAAUAGAUGCCAGAUUGGCAAAAGCUCAGUAUGUUGAACCAAAAUCAUUUGGAGGAAAAUUCGAAACUGUUGAGUUCAGUUGUGUUUUUCAAGAAGAUAACAAGCCACAAUAUCUUCUAAUAGUUUUCAAAACCAGUUAUUCUAUAAAAAAACGAGUGAAAAAUCCACAACAAAGAUUAAAUUUAGAUGCCCCCAAGAUUUAGCAAAAUCUUCAAGGGAGCCUGGCCUGAUAGUCCUGACACACACCACAAUAACAAGUAAGGAGGGACAAAAAAGUUCGUCAUCGUUGAUGUUGGCUGUCACAGAAUGAAACUGAAACCAAACGAAACGCCAGUUUGAGUGCAUUGCUCUGCUGCACAUUUUUCAAGGAUUAGCCUAUUUGUUUUGUCUAAGAACAAGGGAAAGCAGAAACAUGGCUCAGUUUGGCAGUGCUGAUUUGAAAAGUGAAAAACUUGCAGAUGAAUUCCUGCAGUGUCCCCUUUGUUUUGAGCAGUUUAUUAGUCCUAAAGUGUUGCCAUGUCAGCACACCUUCUGCCUAGCUUGUCUGCGAGGUUAUGUAGUUGCAAGAGCUUUCUACAAUUCUUUGCCGUGUCCGUUGUGUAAAGAAGUGGCUGAAAUUCCUGGAAAUGAUGUGGGCAAUUUAAAAAACAAUUUCAUGGUCGUUAAUCUACUUCAGUUUGUGCAAAGCUCGAAGAAGGCCACAGAAGAAGAGUGGAGAGAAGCAGAGCCCACUUCAGUGUUGUCCAUGACCAGCACCGACGUGAGGGAGUGCGGAGCGUGUAACGAGCCCGGCCGUCUCUCCAGCUAUUGUCACAUGUGCUCCAUGUGGCUGUGCAACAUCUGCUCCAAGGCUCAUCGCAGGGUGCCCUCCACUGCCCCACACCCGCUUGUCAGCAAUGAAGAGGUGGACAGGCAGUGUAAGGAGAUGGUUCUUCAGGGGGAGAUGAGAAUCAGUGGGAUGCAGGUGGAGAAUGUAGAGAAGCAGGAUUUCUACCUUUGUCAAAUGCGACAGCUUCCUGAAAAUAUUGAAGCUGUCAAGUCUAAAAUAAAGUCCUCAGCCAAAGAAGCACAGGAGACAAUCAAAGAAAAGAUGAAAGAUCUUCUACAAAAAGUGGAGACUUUCUCGAGGGGUCAAGAGAGUGUAUUGUCACUCAGGUUGCAUGAAGCUGAGGAAAAGAAGAAAAGUCUUGAUAACCUCCAGGAGCUUCUGAACAUGGUUAAGAUUUCUAGUGAUGGACAGAGCAAUCAGCAUGCCAUCAAGUCAGUAGAGGAGUUUUUGACAAAUAAAUCAGUGUCUGAGCCUCAUGUUUCAACAGAAAAGACUGUCAGCUUAGUGUUCACACCCUUUGGGAACAGUCUUGGUGAGCUGAAAGGGUUGGAGAUAGGGUGUUUGCGUAGAGUUACCAACUCUGCAGUCACUCGUUUUUUGAACGACCGUCCACUGGGAGUGAACAAAGAGGCAUGUCUAGUUGAACGAGAGUAUAUUAGUGCCCUGGCUAUAAACAAACUCGCUCACAAAUUCGUUGUAGCUAACAAUAGGUCAGUCUUAGUGUUAAAGCACAACAGUAAAGCACCGCAGCCAUUUUUGUCUGCUCUGUCUGAGAGGAAUGUGACCAGACCGUGGGGAAUAGCUUACUCUGUGGAGGAUUGUCGAGUGUUCAUAUCUGAGGCAGGAGAACACGAAGGAGAAGGGGCUGUGAUCUCCUACAAUCAUGAUGGCGCUUUCCAUUCUGUCAUCGCUUCGGGGCUCACUUUGCCUCGUGGCAUCGCUGUCCACAAGAAUUUAGUUUUUGUCUGUGAUCAGAUCGACAAAUGUGUGUACAUCAUGAAUGUCUGGGGUAAAAUCAUUCGCCUUGUGAAGAAGACUCCUGGCGGCCAAUUUCUCUUCAAUGGACCCAUGUUCGUCUCUGUAGGCAAAAGUGGAACUUUCGCUGUUUCUGACAACUGCAACUCUGUAAAAAUAUUUGAUAAGGACUGCAAUCAUCUCUUCACGUAUACUUCAGAGCUGGCGGACUCAGAGUUUUGGGACGUACUGGUCCUUCAAAACGACACAGUGGUUGUGUGUGACUGGAAGCAUGGCUUACACAAGAUUUCACCCGAUCAUGCCAGUAAUGGUCUGAUCAGUAUAGACUCGAGUGUUGUCAUGAGAGAGCCAUCAGCUCUAGCAGCCUUGAACAAUGGUAAUUCUAUUUAUGUUGGAACCUGCGGGGGAGAGAUCUUUUCUGCCAUUUGAAUCAUGUUGAGAGGGAAUAUAACAGGGAUUUUGUUUUUAAGCUUGUGUUGUUUUAAUUUAGUUGGCUGAGGACUUAGGCAAAUAUUUAGUUUUAUCCAGGAUAAUCCCUUGCAAGACUUUUUGUCAAGAUGAAAUCUGUGGAAUAUUUUCCCCCAUUUGGCAACUUGCUAUCGAGAGUAGUUCUCUGUGUUCAAGUUCAAGGUCAUAUAUAUGUUGGGGCUUUUUGG